AUGUCUAUCUACUCCUUGGGCAAUGUAUGUGGAGCCCCUUAUACAGGAGGUAGGAUCUCCUUUAGCCCUGAUGGAGGAUCAUUAUUGGCUCCUGUAGGAAAUAGAGUAACGAUUUACGAUCUUCAGACCAACAAAAGUACGACAUUAUCUUCCGAAACAAGAUCAGAUCUGGUAUCAAUCGUUUGUCAUCCAACAAAGCCAUUGGCAAACUUGAUUGAUGAAGAUGGAUACUGCUAUGUACUAAAUCUUCUCAGAGACAAAAUACUUCAUCGUCUCAAUUUGAACGAUGCGACGAGUAUCUCUGCGAGAUCAAUCGAUGGUCCCGUUGGAAGAUUGAAUGACCCAAAGCACAUAAUAGGCCAUGCUUCUUUUAGUCCAGACACAAAUUAUUUCGCGGUAGCAAUAGCUAAUAAGCUUAUGAUAUGGACGUCUCCUCAGGAAGAAUUAUGUUGGAAGAUGAAAUUGCACAGGAAACUCACUGGACAUAUGGACAAAAUCAAUCAUCUGGAUUGGUCAAGUGAUUCGAAGUUUAUAAUUACAUCGUCGAAGGACAUGACCGUUAGAUUAUGGUCAGUUGAUCCAAUACCAGGAUUUGUUCCCUCUUCAUUUGUUGACCAUCGUAGAUCGAUUAAAUCUGCAUUUUUCACCAAAGAUAUGGGCCAUAUAUGUAGUAUAUCCAGAGAAGGAGUUAUAAUUUUGUGGAAACUUACGGAAGGAACGAAUGUUGAUAAUGCAGCAAGGAGUAUUGGAUCAAGAAGAAAAAGAAAUGCCAAAGAAAGGGUCUCCUAUAUCAAAACUUCUGCAAACGAAGAGCAUCCGUUCUGUUCUAGAACUUGGAUAAAGGAAACACAGGGAUAUUGUAAUCAGCCCGAGAAGGCACUGGUCUCCCGUAUAUCAUAUAACAAGGAUACCAACAUAUUUGUUGUUGGAUUUACAGGUGGAACAUUUGGGAUAUACGAAAUUCCUGAGCUAAAAUCCCUGUAUACACUGCGUAUUGGAAAUGAACUUCCUAUUGUUGAUUCCGUUGAUAUUACAAAGGAUGGAGAUUGGCUAGGUUUGGCUUGUUCAGAGACUGGAACGUUGGUCGUUUGGGAAUGGAAAAGCGAAACAUAUAUAAUGAAACAACAAGCUCACUAUUCUGGAGUAAGAUGUGUAUCAUUUUCUACGAGUGGUAGCCAUGCCAUAAACAUCGGUAAAGAUACAAACAAAGAUCUUAAUGUGGACAUUGAUCAAAAUUAUGGAUCAAACAAAUUAGGGAUGGGUAGUCGAUAUAUUGUUGCAACUGGUGGAUUUGACGGUAAAAUAAAACUAUGGGAUAGUAAUACUGGGCUGUGUUAUGUCACUUUCCAAGAACAUACUGCAUCUGUCGAAGCAAUAUGUUUUACGCCUCAGGCAAACGCUAUAAUAUCCGCAUCCCUUGAUGGAACUGUUAGAGCGUAUGAUUUACUUAGAUAUCGCAACUUUCGAGUAUUAACAGCCUCAAGGGUCCAAUAUACAUCGGUGACCUGUGACUCUUCGGGGACAAUUGUAGCUGCUGGAUCCAUGGGAGAAUCAUACUCUAUUUUCAUUUGGGAUCUGCAAACGGGGAAAGAGUUGGAUGAAUUGCAUGGUCAUACAGCACCAAUUUCAAGUGUGGUAUUCCAUCCACAUCCGGCCUACUCAGGAUUUUUAGUUUCUUCUUCAUGGGAUAAAUACAUAAACAUUUGGAAUAUUUUUGGACGAGCAGAUAAAGGAGGCUCUACUGAACCACUUCUGAAUUCGUCAAGUAUAAUUGCAACUGCUUUUGAUCCCCGCGGAAACUCAAUUUUAGCGGCAUCUAUACUAUGUGGACAUGUAGUAUUUUGGGACCUGGAUAACUGUGAACAAAUUGGAAGUAUUGAUGGAAUUAGAGAUAUUCAAAGUGGUAGAGAGUAUUCUGAACGUUUUUCUGCGAUAAAUAUAAAAAACAGGAAGGAUGAUGAUAUUCAGUCGUCAGUUAAUAAGAAUCAGCAUUUUAACUCCAUAGCUUAUUCAUCAUCCGGACGCUUACUUAUAUGUGGAUCACGAAAUUCUCCACAUGUUUGCAUAUACAGUACUGGCUCAUAUAUCCUAGUCUAUAUGUUUACCCUCACACACAAUCGUUCUCUUUCUGGCAUUACUAGGGUUCUAAAUUCCAAGUAUAUGACGGAAUACGGAUACUCACUACAAGAAUACGAUUUAUCUGAUGAUGAACAUUGUGAAGGAGCUCAAGAAAGAACUAGAAUAAAGACACAUAAGUCAUUGCCGGGAGUAAAAAUUGGUGAAUUUAAAAAGGAGGAAAGGUUCCAUGUAUGGUCAGUUUCAGCUUCAUCAGACGGCCGUCAAUUUGCAGCUGCUACAACUCAUGGUUUAUAUAUUUAUUCCUUGGAUUCUUAUAUCAAGACACCAACGCAUGUGAAUGAGGUACUUAAAUCAGUCAAUAAUUUUGAGCCACAACUACUCACGAAGAAUGUAACAACUACCAAUGUAAUAUCUGCACUGGAAAAAAACGAAUAUACGGAAGCUUUUAUAUUGGCUUUGGCUCUGAACAAUUUUAAUGUACUUCUGAUGGUUUAUGAAAAUGUCCCAGUUGAUAAAAUACAGGCAAUCGUAUCAUCAAUAGACACCAAUUUUAUUGGUGUUCUACUGAAUUUUAUCCGAAAUAUCAUCAAUAAUGAGUCACCAAAUGGCACUAUUCAUUUGGGAUUCCAUCUCGCGUGGCUGGAAACUAUUUUUAAUAUACAUAUGCGUAACAUUGGGGAUGUCAACACCUCCAGUGUGAUCCAAUGCGGAAACAUUGAUGUUCGCACAAUGAUGCUACUACUCCUAAGACAGCUUAGGCAGACAAAAUCGAACAUUGUGGGCGUGCUAACCUCGAAUGCACAUACAGUAGACUAUAUUAGACGAGUCUGUGAAAUGAAUGUAGUGGAGCAGGAACGGUGCAUGAGCCGCCUGUAA